AUGGUCAAACCACAACCAAGGUCUGAAGCAAAUGACACAAACAACUACGCAAACACUACGAUGGAAGCCACCUCAACAAUGUCCACUCUGGAAUCUACAGAAGCAACGUCGACCACAGAAACAAGUGAAACGUUGACUGUUUCCACUGAAUCGGCACCCACAGACACUGCCUCUCUUGCUACUGCAUCUUCAUCUUCCUCAGUGGAGCCAACGACGCAAGAAACCACAGCGACUGGGGCGUCUUCAACCUCUACUGCUUCAACAACAGAGGAAAGCUCGACGUCAGAAAUGGUGACUGUCGCAUCCUCAGCUGUAACAGAAACUACAUCUACCACAACCAUUUCUUCUGCCAUAGAGACAUUAACCGAGACCUCCACGCUUUCAACUCUGUUGACACCCACCACGAGAGAGACUAUCACACCAUCAAUCGAACCGACAACAGCUGCUUCCACUCGGACAACAGAGCUCUCCACUGAUACAACAAUGGGAGAAGCGUCCACGGUAUCAGAAGCUAGCACUGAGUCUACCCCCUCGGAAACAACCUUCCAAGUCACAAACACAGGAUCUACUCUUUCUCAGCAAUCCACCACCUCAACAUCAGCUUCAGAGAGUACUACUGAAGCAAUGACCUCUUCAGUGUUUAGCUCGAUCAGUGAAGCAAGCACCUCCGAGUCCACGUUCAGCAGCCAAGCCCAAUAUACCACUCAAGGCUCAACAGAGGAAUCUUCAACACAGACGGUUUCACCCCCUGCAGUGGCCACUGCUACAGCCACAGAGGAAACGUCAAGUACAAUAACUCAUGGCCCUUAUCAAGCAUCAAUUUCAACAGAAAGGCAGCUGACUGACGUUUCCGCCACCAAGUCCACUACGAUGGAAGCCACCUCAACAAUGUCCACUCUGGAAUCUACAGAAGCAACGUCGACCAGAGAAAUAAGUGAACCAUUGACUGUUUCCACUGAAUCGACCUCCACAGACACUGCCUCUCUUGCUACUGCAUCUUCAUCUUCCUCAGUGGAGCCAACGACGCAAGAAACCACAGCGACUGGGGCGUCUUCAGCCUCUACUGCUUCAACAACAGAGGAAAGCUCGACGUCAGAAAUGGUGACUGAGGCAUCCUCAGCUGUAACAGAAACUACAUCUACCACAACCAUUUCUUCUGCCACAGAGACAAACACAGGAUCUACUCUUUCUCAGCAAUCCACCACCUCAACAUCAGCUUCACAGAGUACUACUGAAGCAAUGACCUCUUCAGUGUUUAGCUCGAUCAGUGAAGCAGGCACCUCCGAGUCCACGUUCAGCAGCCAAGCCCAAUAUACCACUCAAGGCUCAACAGAGGAAUCUUCAACACAGACGGUUUCACCCCCUGCAGUGGCCACUGCUACAGCCACAGAGGAAACGUCAAGUACAAUAACUCAUGGCCCUUAUCAAGCAUCAAUUUCAACAGAAAGGCAGCUGACUGACGUUUCCGCCACCAAGUCCACUACGAUGGAAGCCACCUCAACAAUGUCCACUCUGGAAUCUACAGAAGCAACGUCGACCACACAAACAAGUGAACCUUUGACUGUUUCCACUGAAUCGGCACCCACAGACACUGCCUCUCUUGCUACUGCAUCUUCAUCUUCCUCAGUGGAGCCAACGACGCAAGAAACCACAGCCACUGGGGCGUCUUCAACCUCUACUGCUUCAACAACAGAGGAAAGCUCGAUGUUAGAAAUGGUGACUGACGCAUCCUCAGCUGUAACAGAAACUACAUCUACCACAACCAUUUCUUCUGCCCCAGAGACAUCAACCGAGACCUCCACGCUUUCAACUAUGUUGACACCCACCACGAGAGAGACUAUCACCCCAUCAAUCGAACCGACAACAGCUGCUUCCACUCGGACAACAGAGCUCUCCACUGAUACAACAAUGGCAGAAGCGUCCACGGUAUCAGAAGCUAGCACUGAGUCUACCCCCUCGGAAACAACCUUCCAAGUCACAAACACAGGAUCUACUCUUUCUCAGCAAUCCACCACCUCAACAUCAGCUUCAGAGAGUACUACUGAAGCAAUGACCUCUUCAGUGUUUAGCUCGAUCAGUGAAGCAAGCACCUCCGAGUCCACGUUCAGCAGCCAAGCCCAAUAUACCACUCAAGGCUCAACAGAGGAAUCUUCAACACAGACAGUUGCACCCCCUGCAGUGGCCACUGCUACAGCCACAGAGGAAACGUCAAGUACAAUAACUCCUGGCCCUAAUCAAGCAUCAAUUUCAACAGAAAGGCAUCUGACUGACGUUUCCGCCACCAAGUCCACUACGAUGGAAGCCACCUCAACAAUGUCCACUCUGGAAUCUACAGAAGCAACGUCGACCACACAAACAAGUGAACCGUUGACUGUUUCCACUGAAUCGGCCUCCACAGACACUGUCUCUCUUGCUACUGCAUCUUCAUCUUCCUCAGUGGAGCCAACGACGCAAGAAACCACAGCGACUGGGGCGUCUUCAACCUCUACUGCUUCAACAACAGAGGAAAGCUCGACGUCAGAAAUGGUGACUGACGCAUCCUCAGCUGUAACAGAAACUACAUCUACCACAACCAUUUCUUCUGCCACAGAGACAUCAACCGAGACCUCCACGCUUUCAACUCUGUUGACACCCACCACGAGAGAGACUAUCACACCAUCAAUCGAACCGACAACAGCUGCUUCCACUCGGACAACAGAGCUCUCCACUGAUACAACAAUGGGAGAAGCGUCCACGGUAUCAGAAGCUAGCACUGAGUCUACCCACUCGGAAACAACCUUCCAAGUCACAAACACGGGAUCUACUCUUUCUCAGCAAUCCACCACCUCAACAUCAGCUUCAGAGAGUACUACUGAAGCAAUGACCUCUUCAGUGUUUAGCUCGAUCAGUGAAGCAAGCACCUCCGAGUCCACGUUCAGCAGCCAAGCCCAAUAUACCACUCAAGGCUCAACAGAGGAAUCUUCAACACAGACGGUUUCACCCCCUGCAGUGGCCACUGCUACAGCCACAGAGGAAACGUCAAGUACAAUAACUCCUGGCCCUUAUCAAGCAUCAAUUUCAACAGAAAGGCAUCUGACUGACGUUUCCGCCACCAAGUCCACUACGAUGGAAGCCACCUCAACAAUGUCCACUCUGGAAUCUACAGAAGCAACGUCGACCACACAAACAAGUGAACCGUUGACUGUUUCCACUGAAUCGGCCUCCACAGACACUGUCUCUCUUGCUACUGCAUCUUCAUCUUCCUCAGUGGAGCCAACGACGCAAGAAACCACAGCGACUGGGGCGUCUUCAACCUCUACUGCUUCAACAACAGAGGAAAGCUCGACGUCAGAAAUGGUGACUGACGCAUCCUCAGCUGUAACAGAAACUACAUCUACCACAACCAUUUCUUCUGCCACAGAGACAUCAACCGAGACCUCCACGCUUUCAACUCUGUUGACACCCACCACGAGAGAGACUAUCACACCAUCAAUCGAACCGACAACAGCUGCUUCCACUCGGACAACAGAGCUCUCCACUGAUACAACAAUGGGAGAAGCGUCCACGGUAUCAGAAGCUAGCACUGAGUCUACCCACUCGGAAACAACCUUCCAAGUCACAAACACGGGAUCUACUCUUUCUCAGCAAUCCACCACCUCAACAUCAGCUUCAGAGAGUACUACUGAAGCAAUGACCUCUUCAGUGUUUAGCUCGAUCAGUGAAGCAAGCACCUCCGAGUCCACGUUCAGCAGCCAAGCCCAAUAUACCACUCAAGGCUCAACAGAGGAAUCUUCAACACAGACGGUUUCACCCCCUGCAGUGGCCACUGCUACAGCCACAGAGGAAACGUCAAGUACAAUAACUCCUGGCCCUUAUCAAGCAUCAAUUUCAACAGAAAGGCAUCUGACUGACGUUUCCGCCACCACGUCCACUACGAUGGAAGCCACCUCAACAAUGUCCACUCUGGAAUCUACAGAAGCAACGUCGACCACACAAACAAGUGAACUGUUGACUGUUUCCACUGAAUCGGCCUCCACAGACACUGCCUCUCUUGCUACUGCAUCUUCAUCUUCCUCAGUGGAGCCAACGACGCAAGAUACCACAGCGACUGGGGCGUCUUCAACCUCUACUGCUUCAACAACAGAGGAAAGCUCGACGUCAGAAAUGGUGACUGACGCAUCCUCAGCUGUAACAGAAACUACAUCUACCACAACCAUUUCUUCUGCCACAGAGACAUCAACCGAGACCUCCACGCUUUCAACUCUGUUGACACCCACCACGAGAGAGACUAUCACACCAUCAAUCGAACCGACAACAGCUGCUUCCACUCGGACAACAGAGCUCUCCACUGAUACAACAAUGGGAGAAGCGUCCACGGUAUCAGAAGCAAGCACUGAGUCUACCCCCUCGGAAACAACCUUCCAAGUCACAAACACGGGAUCUACUCUUUCUCAGCAAUCCACCACCUCAACAUCAGCUUCAGAGAGUACUACUGAAGCAAUGACCUCUUCAGUGUUUAGCUCGAUCAGUGAAGCAAGCACCUCCGAGUCCACGUUCAGCAGCCAAGCCCAAUAUACCACUCAAGGCUCAACAGAGGAAUCUUCAACACAGACAGUUGCACCCCCUGCAGUGGCCACUGCUACAGCCACAGAGGAAACGUCAAGUACAAUAACUCCUGGCCCUAAUCAAGCAUCAAUUUCAACAGAAAGGCAUCUGACUGACGUUUCCGCCACCAAGUCCACUACGAUGGAAGCCACCUCAACAAUGUCCACUCUGGAAUCUACAGAAGCAACGUCGACCACACAAACAAGUGAACCGUUGACUGUUUCCACUGAAUCGGCCUCCACAGACACUGUCUCUCUUGCUACUGCAUCUUCAUCUUCCUCAGUGGAGCCAACGACGCAAGAAACCACAGCGACUGGGGCGUCUUCAACCUCUACUGCUUCAACAACAGAGGAAAGCUCGACGUCAGAAAUGGUGACUGACGCAUCCUCAGCUGUAACAGAAACUACAUCUACCACAACCAUUUCUUCUGCCACAGAGACAUCAACCGAGACCUCCACGCUUUCAACUCUGUUGACACCCACCACGAGAGAGACUAUCACACCAUCAAUCGAACCGACAACAGCUGCUUCCACUCGGACAACAGAGCUCUCCACUGAUACAACAAUGGGAGAAGCGUCCACGGUAUCAGAAGCUAGCACUGAGUCUACCCACUCGGAAACAACCUUCCAAGUCACAAACACGGGAUCUACUCUUUCUCAGCAAUCCACCACCUCAACAUCAGCUUCAGAGAGUACUACUGAAGCAAUGACCUCUUCAGUGUUUAGCUCGAUCAGUGAAGCAAGCACCUCCGAGUCCACGUUCAGCAGCCAAGCCCAAUAUACCACUCAAGGCUCAACAGAGGAAUCUUCAACACAGACGGUUUCACCCCCUGCAGUGGCCACUGCUACAGCCACAGAGGAAACGUCAAGUACAAUAACUCCUGGCCCUAAUCAAGCAUCAAUUUCAACAGAAAGGCAUCUGACUGACGUUUCCGCCACCAAGUCCACUACGAUGGAAGCCACCUCAACAAUGUCCACUCUGGAAUCUACAGAAGCAACGUCGACCACACAAACAAGUGAACCGUUGACUGUUUCCACUGAAUCGGCCUCCACAGACACUGUCUCUCUUGCUACUGCAUCUUCAUCUUCCUCAGUGGAGCCAACGACGCAAGAAACCACAGCGACUGGGGCGUCUUCAACCUCUACUGCUUCAACAACAGAGGAAAGCUCGACGUCAGAAAUGGUGACUGACGCAUCCUCAGCUGUAACAGAAACUACAUCUACCACAACCAUUUCUUCUGCCACAGAGACAUCAACCGAGACCUCCACGCUUUCAACUCUGUUGACACCCACCACGAGAGAGACUAUCACACCAUCAAUCGAACCGACAACAGCUGCUUCCACUCGGACAACAGAGCUCUCCACUGAUACAACAAUGGGAGAAGCGUCCACGGUAUCAGAAGCUAGCACUGAGUCUACCCACUCGGAAACAACCUUCCAAGUCACAAACACGGGAUCUACUCUUUCUCAGCAAUCCACCACCUCAACAUCAGCUUCAGAGAGUACUACUGAAGCAAUGACCUCUUCAGUGUUUAGCUCGAUCAGUGAAGCAAGCACCUCCGAGUCCACGUUCAGCAGCCAAGCCCAAUAUACCACUCAAGGCUCAACAGAGGAAUCUUCAACACAGACGGUUUCACCCCCUGCAGUGGCCACUGCUACAGCCACAGAGGAAACGUCAAGUACAAUAACUCCUGGCCCUAAUCAAGCAUCAAUUUCAACAGAAAGGCAUCUGACUGACGUUUCCGCCACCACGUCCACUACGAUGGAAGCCACCUCAACAAUGUCCACUCUGGAAUCUACAGAAGCAACGUCGACCACACAAACAAGUGAACUGUUGACUGUUUCCACUGAAUCGGCCUCCACAGACACUGCCUCUCUUGCUACUGCAUCUUCAUCUUCCUCAGUGGAGCCAACGACGCAAGAUACCACAGCGACUGGGGCGUCUUCAACCUCUACUGCUUCAACAACAGAGGAAAGCUCGACGUCAGAAAUGGUGACUGACGCAUCCUCAGCUGUAACAGAAACUACAUCUACCACAACCAUUUCUUCUGCCACAGAGACAUCAACCGAGACCUCCACGCUUUCAACUCUGUUGACACCCACCACGAGAGAGACUAUCACACCAUCAAUCGAACCGACAACAGCUGCUUCCACUCGGACAACAGAGCUCUCCACUGAUACAACAAUGGGAGAAGCGUCCACGGUAUCAGAAACAAGCACUGAGUCUACCCCCUCGGAAACAACCUUCCAAGUCACAAACACGGGAUCUACUCUUUCUCAGCAAUCCACCACCUCAACAUCAGCUUCAGAGAGUACUACUGAAGCAAUGACCUCUUCAGUGUUUAGCUCGAUCAGUGAAGCAAGCACCUCCGAGUCCACGUUCAGCAGCCAAGCCCAAUAUACCACUCAAGGCUCAACAGAGGAAUCUUCAACACAGACAGUUGCACCCCCUGCAGUGGCCACUGCUACAGCCACAGAGGAAACGUCAAGUACAAUAACUCCUGGCCCUUAUCAAGCAUCAAUUUCAACAGAAAGGCAUCUGACUGACGUUUCCGCCACCACGUCCACUACGAUGGAAGCCACCUCAACAAUGUCCACUCUGGAAUCUACAGAAGCAACGUCGACCACACAAACAAGUGAACUGUUGACUGUUUCCACUGAAUCGGCCUCCACAGACACUGCCUCUCUUGCUACUGCAUCUUCAUCUUCCUCAGUGGAGCCAACGACGCAAGAAACCACAGCGACUGGGGCGUCUUCAACCUCUACUGCUUCAACAACAGAGGAAAGCUCGACGUCAGAAAUGGUGACUGACGCAUCCUCAGCUGUAACAGAAACUACAUCUACCACAACCAUUUCUUCUGCCCCAGAGACAUCAACCGAGACCUCCACGCUUUCAACUCUGUUGACACCCACCACGAGAGAGACUAUCACACCAUCAAUCAAACCGACAACAGCUGCUUCCACUCGGACAACAGAGCUCUCCACUGAUACAACAAUGGGAGAAGCGUCCACGGUAUCAGAAGCUAGCACUGAGUCUACCCCCUCGGAAACAACCUUCCAAGUCACAAACACAGGAUCUACUCUUUCUCAGCAAUCCACCACCUCAACAUCAGCUUCAGAGAGUACUACUGAAGCAAUGACCUCUUCAGUGUUUAGCUCGAUCAGUGAAGCAAGCACCUCCGAGUCCACGUUCAGCAGCCAAGCCCAAUAUACCACUCAAGGCUCAACAGAGGAAUCUUCAACACAGACGGUUUCACCCCCUGCAGUGGCCACUGCUACAGCCACAGAGGAAACGUCAAGUACAAUAACUCCUGGCCCUAAUCAAGCAUCAAUUUCAACAGAAAGGCAUCUGACUGACGUUUCCGCCACCAAGUCCACUACGAUGGAAGCCACCUCAACAAUGUCCACUCUGGAAUCUACAGAAGCAACGUCGACCACACAAACAAGUGAACCGUUGACUGUUUCCACUGAAUCGGCCUCCACAGACACUGUCUCUCUUGCUACUGCAUCUUCAUCUUCCUCAGUGGAGCCAACGACGCAAGAAACCACAGCGACUGGGGCGUCUUCAACCUCUACUGCUUCAACAACAGAGGAAAGCUCGACGUCAGAAAUGGUGACUGACGCAUCCUCAGCUGUAACAGAAACUACAUCUACCACAACCAUUUCUUCUGCCACAGAGACAUCAACCGAGACCUCCACGCUUUCAACUCUGUUGACACCCACCACGAGAGAGACUAUCACACCAUCAAUCGAACCGACAACAGCUGCUUCCACUCGGACAACAGAGCUCUCCACUGAUACAACAAUGGGAGAAGCGUCCACGGUAUCAGAAGCUAGCACUGAGUCUACCCACUCGGAAACAACCUUCCAAGUCACAAACACGGGAUCUACUCUUUCUCAGCAAUCCACCACCUCAACAUCAGCUUCAGAGAGUACUACUGAAGCAAUGAUCUCUUCAGUGUUUAGCUCGAUCAGUGAAGCAAGCACCUCCGAGUCCACGUUCAGCAGCCAAGCCCAAUAUACCACUCAAGGCUCAACAGAGGAAUCUUCAACACAGACGGUUUCACCCCCUGCAGUGGCCACUGCUACAGCCACAGAGGAAACGUCAAGUACAAUAACUCCUGGCCCUAAUCAAGCAUCAAUUUCAACAGAAAGGCAUCUGACUGACGUUUCCGCCACCAAGUCCACUACGAUGGAAGCCACCUCAACAAUGUCCACUCUGGAAUCUACAGAAGCAACGUCGACCACACAAACAAGUGAACCGUUGACUGUUUCCACUGAAUCGGCCUCCACAGACACUGUCUCUCUUGCUACUGCAUCUUCAUCUUCCUCAGUGGAGCCAACGACGCAAGAAACCACAGCGACUGGGGCGUCUUCAACCUCUACUGCUUCAACAACAGAGGAAAGCUCGACGUCAGAAAUGGUGACUGACGCAUCCUCAGCUGUAACAGAAACUACAUCUACCACAACCAUUUCUUCUGCCACAGAGACAUCAACCGAGACCUCCACGCUUUCAACUCUGUUGACACCCACCACGAGAGAGACUAUCACCCCAUCAAUCGAACCGACAACAGCUGCUUCCACUCGGACAACAGAGCUCUCCACUGAUACAACAAUGGGAGAAGCGUCCACGGUAUCAGAAGCUAGCACUGAGUCUACCCACUCGGAAACAACCUUCCAAGUCACAAACACGGGAUCUACUCUUUCUCAGCAAUCCACCACCUCAACAUCAGCUUCAGAGAGUACUACUGAAGCAAUGAUCUCUUCAGUGUUUAGCUCGAUCAGUGAAGCAAGCACCUCCGAGUCCACGUUCAGCAGCCAAGCCCAAUAUACCACUCAAGGCUCAACAGAGGAAUCUUCAACACAGACGGUUUCACCCCCUGCAGUGGCCACUGCUACAGCCACAGAGGAAACGUCAAGUACAAUAACUCCUGGCCCUAAUCAAGCAUCAAUUUCAACAGAAAGGCAUCUGACUGACGUUUCCGCCACCAAGUCCACUACGAUGGAAGCCACCUCAACAAUGUCCACUCUGGAAUCUACAGAAGCAACGUCGACCACACAAACAAGUGAACCGUUGACUGUUUCCACUGAAUCGGCCUCCACAGACACUGCCUCUCUUGCUACUGCAUCUUCAUCUUCCUCAGUGGAGCCAACGACGCAAGAAACCACAGCGACUGGGGCGUCUUCAACCUCUACUGCUUCAACAACAGAGGAAAGCUCGACGUCAGAAAUGGUGACUGACGCAUCCUCAGCUGUAACAGAAACUACAUCUACCACAACCAUUUCUUCUGCCCCAGAGACAUCAACCGAGACCUCCACGCUUUCAACUCUGUUGACACCCACCACGAGAGAGACUAUCACACCAUCAAUCAAACCGACAACAGCUGCUUCCACUCGGACAACAGAGCUCUCCACUGAUACAACAAUGGGAGAAGCGUCCACGGUAUCAGAAGCUAGCACUGAGUCUACCCACUCGGAAACAACCUUCCAAGUCACAAACACGGGAUCUACUCUUUCUCAGCAAUCCACCACCUCAACAUCAGCUUCAGAGAGUACUACUGAAGCAAUGACCUCUUCAGUGUUUAGCUCGAUCAGUGAAGCAAGCACCUCCGAGUCCACGUUCAGCAGCCAAGCCCAAUAUACCACUCAAGGCUCAACAGAGGAAUCUUCAACACAGACAGUUGCACCCCCUGCAGUAGCCACUGCUACAGCCACAGAGGAAACGUCAAGUACAAUAACUCCUGGCCCUUAUCAAGCAUCAAUUUCAACAGAAAGGCAUCUGACUGACGUUUCCGCCACCACGUCCACUACGAUGGAAGCCACCUCAACAAUGUCCACUCUGGAAUCUACAGAAGCAACGUCGACCACACAAACAAGUGAACUGUUGACUGUUUCCACUGAAUCGGCCUCCACAGACACUGCCUCUCUUGCUACUGCAUCUUCAUCUUCCUCAGUGGAGCCAACGACGCAAGAAACCACAGCGACUGGGGCGUCUUCAACCUCUACUGCUUCAACAACAGAGGAAAGCUCGACGUCAGAAAUGGUGACUGACGCAUCCUCAGCUGUAACAGAAACUACAUCUACCACAACAAUUUCUUCUGCCACAGAGACAUCAACCGAGACCUCCACGCUUUCAACUCUGUUGACACCCACCACGAGAGAGACUAUCACACCAUCAAUCAAACCGACAACAGCUGCUUCCACUCGGACAACAGAGCUCUCCACUGAUACAACAAUGGGAGAAGCGUCCACGGUAUCAGAAGCUAGCACUGAGUCUACCCCCUCGGAAACAACCUUCCAAGUCACAAACACGGGAUCUACUCUUUCUCAGCAAUCCACCACCUCAACAUCAGCUUCAGAGAGUACUACUGAAGCAAUGACCUCUUCAGUGUUUAGCUCGAUCAGUGAAGCAAGCACCUCCGAGUCCACGUUCAGCAGCCAAGCCCAAUAUACCACUCAAGGCUCAACAGAGGAAUCUUCAACACAGACAGUUGCACCCACUGCAGUGGCCACUGCUACAGCCACAGAGGAAACGUCAAGUACAAUAACUCCUGGCCCUUAUCAAGCAUCAAUUUCAACAGAAAGGCAUCUGACUGACGUUUCCGCCACCAAGUCCACUACGAUGGAAGCCACCUCAACAAUGUCCACUCUGGAAUCUACAGAAGCAACGUCGACCACACAAACAAGUGAACCGUUGACUGUUUCCACUGAAUCGGCCUCCACAGACACUGUCUCUCUUGCUACUGCAUCUUCAUCUUCCUCAGUGGAGCCAACGACGCAAGAAACCACAGCGACUGGGGCGUCUUCAACCUCUACUGCUUCAACAACAGAGGAAAGCUCGACGUCAGAAAUGGUGACUGACGCAUCCUCAGCUGUAACAGAAACUACAUCUACCACAACAAUUUCUUCUGCCACAGAGACAUCAACCGAGACCUCCACGCUUUCAACUCUGUUGACACCCACCACGAGAGAGACUAUCACACCAUCAAUCGAACCGACAACAGCUGCUUCCACUCGGACAACAGAGCUCUCCACUGAUACAACAAUGGGAGAAGCGUCCACGGUAUCAGAAGCAAGCACUGAGUCUACCCCCUCGGAAACAACCUUCCAAGUCACAAACACAGGAUCUACUCUUUCUCAGCAAUCCACCACCUCAACAUCAGCUUCAGAGAGUACUACUGAAGCAAUGACCUCUUCAGUGUUUAGCUCGAUCAGUGAAGCAAGCACCUCCGAGUCCACGUUCAGCAGCCAAGCCCAAUAUACCACUCAAGGCUCAACAGAGGAAUCUUCAACACAGACAGUUGCACCCCCUGCAGUGGCCACUGCUACAGCCACAGAGGAAACGUCAAGUACAAUAACUCCUGGCCCUAAUCAAGCAUCAAUUUCAACAGAAAGGCAUCUGACUGACGUUUCCGCCACCACGUCCACUACGAUGGAAGCCACCUCAACAAUGUCCACUCUGGAAUCUACAGAAGCAACGUCGACCACACAAACAAGUGAACUGUUGACUGUUUCCACUGAAUCGGCCUCCACAGACACUGCCUCUCUUGCUACUGCAUCUUCAUCUUCCUCAGUGGAGCCAACGACGCAAGAAACCACAGCGACUGGGGCGUCUUCAACCUCUACUGCUUCAACAACAGAGGAAAGCUCGACGUCAGAAAUGGUGACUGACGCAUCCUCAGCUGUAACAGAAACUACAUCUACCACAACAAUUUCUUCUGCCACAGAGACAUCAACCGAGACCUCCACGCUUUCAACUUUGUUGACACCCACCACGAGAGAGACUAUCACACCAUCAAUCAAACCGACAACAGCUGCUUCCACUCGGACAACAGAGCUCUCCACUGAUACAACAAUGGGAGAAGCGUCCACGGUAUCAGAAGCUAGCACUGAGUCUACCCACUCGGAAACAACCUUCCAAGUCACAAACACGGGAUCUACUCUUUCUCAGCAAUCCACCACCUCAACAUCAGCUUCAGAGAGUACUACUGAAGCAAUGACCUCUUCAGUGUUUAGCUCGAUCAGUGAAGCAAGCACCUCCGAGUCCACGUUCAGCAGCCAAGCCCAAUAUACCACUCAAAGCUCAACAGAGGAAUCUUCAACACAGACGGUUUCACCCCCUGCAGUGGCCACUGCUACAGCCACAGAGGAAACGUCAAGUACAAUAACUCCUGGCCCUAAUCAAGCAUCAAUUUCAACAGAAAGGCAUCUGACUGACGUUUCCGCCACCACGUCCACUACGAUGGAAGCCACCUCAACAAUGUCCACUCUGGAAUCUACAGAAGCAACGUCGACCACACAAACAAGUGAACUGUUGACUGUUUCCACUGAAUCGGCCUCCACAGACACUGCCUCUCUUGCUACUGCAUCUUCAUCUUCCUCAGUGGAGCCAACGACGCAAGAUACCACAGCGACUGGGGCGUCUUCAACCUCUACUGCUUCAACAACAGAGGAAAGCUCGACGUCAGAAAUGGUGACUGACGCAUCCUCAGCUGUAACAGAAACUACAUCUACCACAACCAUUUCUUCUGCCACAGAGACAUCAACCGAGACCUCCACGCUUUCAACUCUGUUGACACCCACCACGAGAGAGACUAUCACACCAUCAAUCGAACCGACAACAGCUGCUUCCACUCGGACAACAGAGCUCUCCACUGAUACAACAAUGGGAGAAGCGUCCACGGUAUCAGAAGCAAGCACUGAGUCUACCCCCUCGGAAACAACCUUCCAAGUCACAAACACGGGAUCUACUCUUUCUCAGCAAUCCACCACCUCAGCAUCAGCUUCAGAGAGUACUACUGAAGCAAUGACCUCUUCAGUGUUUAGCUCGAUCAGUGAAGCAAGCACCUCCGAGUCCACGUUCAGCAGCCAAGCCCAAUAUACCACUCAAGGCUCAACAGAGGAAUCUUCAACACAGACAGUUGCACCCCCUGCAGUGGCCACUGCUACAGCCACAGAGGAAACGUCAAGUACAAUAACUCCUGGCCCUAAUCAAGCAUCAAUUUCAACAGAAAGGCAUCUGACUGACGUUUCCGCCACCACGUCCACUACGAUGGAAGCCACCUCAACAAUGUCCACUCUGGAAUCUACAGAAGCAACGUCGACCACACAAACAAGUGAACCAUUGACUGUUUCCACUGAAUCGGCCUCCACAGACACUGUCUCUCUUGCUACUGCAUCUUCAUCUUCCUCAGUGGAGCCAACGACGCAAGAAACCACAGCGACUGGGGCGUCUUCAACCUCUACUGCUUCAACAACAGAGGAAAGCUCGACGUCAGAAAUGGUGACUGACGCAUCCUCAGCUGUAACAGAAACUACAUCUACCACAACCAUUUCUUCUGCCACAGAGACAUCAACCGAGACCUCCACGCUUUCAACUCUGUUGACACCCACCACGAGAGAGACUAUCACCCCAUCAAUCGAACCGACAACAGCUGCUUCCACUCGGACAACAGAGCUCUCCACUGAUACAACAAUGGGAGAAGCGUCCACGGUAUCAGAAGCUAGCACUGAGUCUACCCCCUCGGAAACAACCUUCCAAGUCAAAAACACAGGAUCUACUCUUUCUCAGCAAUCCACCACCUCAACAUCAGCUUCACAGAGUACUACUGAAGCAAUGACCUCUUCAGUGUUUAGCUCGAUCAGUGAAGCAAGCACCUCCGAGUCCACGUUCAGCAGCCAAGCCCAAUAUACCACUCAAGGCUCAACAGAGGAAUCUUCAACACAGACGGUUUCACCCCCUGCAGUGGCCACUGCUACAGCCACAGAGGAAACGUCAAGUACAAUAACUCCUGGCCCUAAUCAAGCAUCAAUUUCAACAGAAAGGCAUCUGACUGACGUUUCCGCCACCAAGUCCACUACGAUGGAAGCCACCUCAACAAUGUCCACUCUGGAAUCUACAGAAGCAACGUCGACCACACAAACAAGUGAACCGUUGACUGUUUCCACUGAAUCGGCCUCCACAGACACUGCCUCUCUUGCUACUGCAUCUUCAUCUUCCUCAGUGGAGCCAACGACGCAAGAAACCACAGCGACUGGGGCGUCUUCAACCUCUACUGCUUCAACAACAGAGGAAAGCUCGACGUCAGAAAUGGUGACUGACGCAUCCUCAAUCGUAACAGAAACUACAUCUACCACAACCAUUUCUUCUGCCCCAGAGACAUCAACCGAGACCUCCACGCUUUCAACUCUGUUGACACCCACCACGAGAGAGACUAUCACACCAUCAAUCGAACCGACAACAGCUGCUUCCACUCGGACAACAGAGCUCUCCACUGAUACAACAAUGGGAGAAGCGUCCACGGUAUCAGAAGCUAGCACUGAGUCUACCCCCUCGGAAACAACCUUCCAAGUCACAAACACAGGAUCUACUCUUUCUCAGCAAUCCACCACCUCAACAUCAGCUUCAGAGAGUACUACUGAAGUAAUGACCUCUUCAGUGUUUAGCUCGAUCAGUGAAGCAAGCACCUCCGAGUCCACGUUCAGCAGCCAAGCCCAAUAUACCACUCAAGGCUCAACAGAGGAAUCUUCAACACAGACGGUUUCACCCCCUGCAGUGGCCACUGCUACAGCCACAGAGGAAACGUCAAGUACAAUAACUCCUGGCCCUUAUCAAGCAUCAAUUUCAACAGAAAGGCAUCUGACUGACGUUUCCGCCACCACGUCCACUACGAUGGAAGCCACCUCAACAAUGUCCACUCUGGAAUCUACAGAAGCAACGUCGACCACACAAACAAGUGAACUGUUGACUGUUUCCACUGAAUCGGCCUCCACAGACACUGUCUCUCUUGCUACUGCAUCUUCAUCUUCCUCAGUGGAGCCAACGACGCAAGAAACCACAGCGACUGGGGCGUCUUCAACCUCUACUGCUUCAACAACAGAGGAAAGCUCGACGUCAGAAAUGGUGACUGACGCAUCCUCAGCUGUAACAGAAACUACAUCUACCACAACAAUUUCUUCUGCCACAGAGACAUCAACCGAGACCUCCACGCUUUCAACUCUGUUGACACCCACCACGAGAGAGACUAUCACACCAUCAAUCGAACCGACAACAGCUGCUUCCACUCGGACAACAGAGCUCUCCACUGAUACAACAAUGGGAGAAGCGUCCACGGUAUCAGAAGCUAGCACUGAGUCUACCCACUCGGAAACAACCUUCCAAGUCACAAACACGGGAUCUACUCUUUCUCAGCAAUCCACCACCUCAACAUCAGCUUCAGAGAGUACUACUGAAGCAAUGACCUCUUUAGUGUUUAGCUCGAUCAGUGAAGCAAGCACCUCCGAGUCCACGUUCAGCAGCCAAGCCCAAUAUACCACUCAAGGCUCAACAGAGGAAUCUUCAACACAGACGGUUUCACCCCCUGCAGUGGCCACUGCUACAGCCACAGAGGAAACGUCAAGUACAAUAACUCCUGGCCCUAAUCAAGCAUCAAUUUCAACAGAAAGGCAUCUGACUGACGUUUCCGCCACCAAGUCCACUACGAUGGAAGCCACCUCAACAAUGUCCACUCUGGAAUCUACAGAAGCAACGUCGACCACACAAACAAGUGAACCGUUGACUGUUUCCACUGAAUCGGCCUCCACAGACACUGUCUCUCUUGCUACUGCAUCUUCAUCUUCCUCAGUGGAGCCAACGACGCAAGAAACCACAGCGACUGGGGCGUCUUCAACCUCUACUGCUUCAACAACAGAGGAAAGCUCGACGUCAGAAAUGGUGACUGACGCAUCCUCAGCUGUAACAGAAACUACAUCUACCACAACAAUUUCUUCUGCCACAGAGACAUCAACCGAGACCUCCACGCUUUCAACUCUGUUGACACCCACCACGAGAGAGACUAUCACACCAUCAAUCGAACCGACAACAGCUGCUUCCACUCGGACAACAGAGCUCUCCACUGAUACAACAAUGGGAGAAGCGUCCACGGUAUCAGAAGCAAGCACUGAGUCUACCCCCUCGGAAACAACCUUCCAAGUCACAAACACGGGAUCUACUCUUUCUCAGCAAUCCACCACCUCAACAUCAGCUUCAGAGAGUACUACUGAAGCAAUGACCUCUUCAGUGUUUAGCUCGAUCAGUGAAGCAAGCACCUCCGAGUCCACGUUCAGCAGCCAAGCCCAAUAUACCACUCAAGGCUCAACAGAGGAAUCUUCAACACAGACAGUUGCACCCCCUGCAGUGGCCACUGCUACAGCCACAGAGGAAACGUCAAGUACAAUAACUCCUGGCCCUUAUCAAGCAUCAAUUUCAACAGAAAGGCAUCUGACUGACGUUUCCGCCACCACGUCCACUACGAUGGAAGCCACCUCAACAAUGUCCACUCUGGAAUCUACAGAAGCAACGUCGACCACACAAACAAGUGAACCAUUGACUGUUUCCACUGAAUCGGCCUCCACAGACACUGUCUCUCUUGCUACUGCAUCUUCAUCUUCCUCAGUGGAGCCAACGACGCAAGAAACCACAGCGACUGGGGCGUCUUCAACCUCUACUGCUUCAACAACAGAGGAAAGCUCGACGUCAGAAAUGGUGACUGACGCAUCCACAGCUGUAACAGAAACUACAUCUACCACAACCAUUUCUUCUGCCACAGAGACAUCAACCGAGACCUCCACGCUUUCAACUCUGUUGACACCCACCACGAGAGAGACUAUCACACCAUCAAUCGAACCGACAACAGCUGCUUCCACUCGGACAACAGAGCUCUCCACUGAUACAACAAUGGGAGAAGCGUCCACGGUAUCAGAAGCAAGCACUGAGUCUACCCCCUCGGAAACAACCUUCCAAGUCACAAACACGGGAUCUACUCUUUCUCAGCAAUCCACCACCUCAACAUCAGCUUCAGAGAGUACUACUGAAGCAAUGACCUCUUCAGUGUUUAGCUCGAUCAGUGAAGCAAGCACCUCCGAGUCCACGUUCAGCAGCCAAGCCCAAUAUACCACUCAAGGCUCAACAGAGGAAUCUUCAACACAGACAGUUGCACCCCCUGCAGUGGCCACUGCUACAGCCACAGAGGAAACGUCAAGUACAAUAACUCCUGGCCCUUAUCAAGCAUCAAUUUCAACAGAAAGGCAUCUGACUGACGUUUCCGCCACCACGUCCACUACGAUGGAAGCCACCUCAACAAUGUCCACUCUGGAAUCUACAGAAGCAACGUCGACCACACAAACAAGUGAACCGUUGACUGUUUCCACUGAAUCGGCCUCCACAGACACUGCCUCUCUUGCUACUGCAUCUUCAUCUUCCUCAGUGGAGCCAACGACGCAAGAAACCACAGCGACUGGGGCGUCUUCAACCUCUACUGCUUCAACAACAGAGGAAAGCUCGACGUCAGAAAUGGUGACUGACGCAUCCUCAGCUGUAACAGAAACUACAUCUACCACAACCAUUUCUUCUGCCACAGAGACAUCAACCGAGACCUCCACGCUUUCAACUCUGUUGACACCCACCACGAGAGAGACUAUCACACCAUCAAUCGAACCGACAACAGCUGCUUCCACUCGGACAACAGAGCUCUCCACUGAUACAACAAUGGGAGAAGCGUCCACGGUAUCAGAAGCUAGCACUGAGUCUACCCCCUCGGAAACAACCUUCCAAGUCAAAAACACAGGAUCUACUCUUUCUCAGCAAUCCACCACCUCAACAUCAGCUUCACAGAGUACUACUGAAGCAAUGACCUCUUCAGUGUUUAGCUCGAUCAGUGAAGCAAGCACCUCCGAGUCCACGUUCAGCAGCCAAGCCCAAUAUACCACUCAAGGCUCAACAGAGGAAUCUUCAACACAGACGGUUUCACCCCCUGCAGUGGCCACUGCUACAGCCACAGAGGAAACGUCAAGUACAAUAACUCCUGGCCCUUAUCAAGCAUCAAUUUCAACAGAAAGGCAUCUGACUGACGUUUCCGCCACCAAGUCCACUACGAUGGAAGCCACCUCAACAAUGUCCACUCUGGAAUCUACAGAAGCAACGUCGACCACACAAACAAGUGAACUGUUGACUGUUUCCACUGAAUCGGCCUCCACAGACACUGCCUCUCUUGCUACUGCAUCUUCAUCUUCCUCAGUGGAGCCAACGACGCAAGAAACCACAGCGACUGGGGCGUCUUCAACCUCUACUGCUUCAACAACAGAGGAAAGCUCGACGUCAGAAAUGGUGACUGACGCAUCCUCAGCUGUAACAGAAACUACAUCUACCACAACAAUUUCUUCUGCCACAGAGACAUCAACCGAGACCUCCACGCUUUCAACUCUGUUGACACCCACCACGAGAGAGACUAUCACCCCAUCAAUCGAACCGACAACAGCUGCUUCCACUCGGACAACAGAGCUCUCCACUGAUACAACAAUGGGAGAAGCGUCCACGGUAUCAGAAGCUAGCACUGAGUCUACCCCCUCUGAAACAACCUUCCAAGUCACAAACACGGGAUCUACUCUUUCUCAGCAAUCCACCACCUCAACAUCAGCUUCAGAGAGUACUACUGAAGCAAUGACCUCUUCAGUGUUUAGCUCGAUCAGUGAAGCAAGCACCUCCGAGUCCACGUUCAGCAGCCAAGCCCAAUAUACCACUCAAGGCUCAACAGAGGAAUCUUCAACACAGACGGUUUCACCCCCUGCAGUGGCCACUGCUACAGCCACAGAGGAAACGUCAAGUACAAUAACUCCUGGCCCUAAUCAAGCAUCAAUUUCAACAGAAAGGCAUCUGACUGACGUUUCCGCCACCAAGUCCACUACGAUGGAAGCCACCUCAACAAUGUCCACUCUGGAAUCUACAGAAGCAACGUCGACCACAUUAACAAGUGAACCGUUGACUGUUUCCACUGAAUCGGCCUCCACAGACACUGCCUCUCUUGCUACUGCAUCUUCAUCUUCCUCAGUGGAGCCAACGACGCAAGAAACCACAGCGACUGGGGCGUCUUCAACCUCUACUGCUUCAACAACAGAGGAAAGCUCGACGUCAGAAAUGGUGACUGACGCAUCCUCAGCUGUAACAGAAACUACAUCUACCACAACAAUUUCUUCUGCCACAGAGACAUCAACCGAGACCUCCACGCUUUCAACUCUGUUGACACCCACCACGAGAGAGACUAUCACACCAUCAAUCGAACCGACAACAGCUGCUUCCACUCGGACAACAGAGCUCUCCACUGAUACAACAAUGGGAGAAGCGUCCACGGUAUCAGAAGCUAGCACUGAGUCUACCCACUCGGAAACAACCUUCCAAGUCACAAACACGGGAUCUACUCUUUCUCAGCAAUCCACCACCUCAACAUCAGCUUCAGAGAGUACUACUGAAGCAAUGACCUCUUCAGUGUUUAGCUCGAUCAGUGAAGCAAGCACCUCCGAGUCCACGUUCAGCAGCCAAGCCCAAUAUACCACUCAAGGCUCAACAGAGGAAUCUUCAACACAGACGGUUUCACCCCCUGCAGUGGCCACUGCUACAGCCACAGAGGAAACGUCAAGUACAAUAACUCCUGGCCCUAAUCAAGCAUCAAUUUCAACAGAAAGGCAUCUGACUGACGUUUCCGCCACCAAGUCCACUACGAUGGAAGCCACCUCAACAAUAUCCACUCUGGAAUCUACAGAAGCAACGUCGACCACACAAACAAGUGAACCGUUGACUGUUUCCACUGAAUCGGCCUCCACAGACACUGCCUCUCUUGCUACUGCAUCUUCAUCUUCCUCAGUGGAGCCAACGACGCAAGAAACCACAGCGACUGGGGCGUCUUCAACCUCUACUGCUUCAACAACAGAGGAAAGCUCGACGUCAGAAAUGGUGACUGACGCAUCCUCAAUCGUAACAGAAACUACAUCUACCACAACAAUUUCUUCUGCCCCAGAGACAUCAACCGAGACCUCCACGCUUUCAACUCUGUUGACACCCACCACGAGAGAGACUAUCACACCAUCAAUCGAACCGACAACAGCUGCUUCCACUCGGACAACAGAGCUCUCCACUGAUACAACAAUGGGAGAAGCGUCCACGGUAUCAGAAGCUAGCACUGAGUCUACCCCCUCGGAAACAACCUUCCAAGUCACAAACACGGGAUCUACUCUUUCUCAGCAAUCCACCACCUCAACAUCAGCUUCAGAGAGUACUACUGAAGCAAUGACCUCUUCAGUGUUUAGCUCGAUCAGUGAAGCAAGCACCUCCGAGUCCACGUUCAGCAGCCAAGCCCAAUAUACCACUCAAGGCUCAACAGAGGAAUCUUCAACACAGACGGUUUCACCCCCUGCAGUGGCCACUGCUACAGCCACAGAGGAAACGUCAAGUACAAUAACUCCUGGCCCUUAUCAAGCAUCAAUUUCAACAGAAAGGCAUCUGACUGACGUUUCCGCCACCAAGUCCACUACGAUGGAAGCCACCUCAACAAUGUCCACUCUGGAAUCUACAGAAGCAACGUCGACCACACAAACAAGUGAAACGUUGACUGUUUCCACUGAAUCGGCCUCCACAGACACUGCCUCUCUUGCUUCUGCAUCUUCAUCUUCCUCAGUGGAGCCAACGACGCAAGAAACCACAGCGACUGGGGCGUCUUCAACCUCUACUGCUUCAACAACAGAGGAAAGCUCGACGUCAGAAAUGGUGACUGACGCAUCCUCAAUCGUAACAGAAACUACAUCUACCACAACAAUUUCUUCUGCCCCAGAGACAUCAACCGAGACCUCCACGCUUUCAACUCUGUUGACACCCACCACGAGAGAGACUAUCACCCCAUCAAUCGAACCGACAACAGCUGCUUCCAUUCGGACAACAGAGCUCUCCACUGAUACAACAAUGGGAGAAGCGUCCACGGUAUCAGAAGCUAGCACUGAGUCUACCCCCUCGGAAACAACCUUCCAAGUCACAAACACAGGAUCUACUCUUUCUCAGCAAUCCACCACCUCAACAUCAGCUUCAGAGAGUACUACUGAAGCAAUGACCUCUUCAGUGUUUAGCUCGAUCAGUGAAGCAAGCACCUCCGAGUCCACGUUCAGCAGCCAAGCCCAAUAUACCACUCAAGGCUCAACAGAGGAAUCUUCAACACAGACGGUUUCACCCCCUGCAGUGGCCACUGCUACAGCCACAGAGGAAACGUCAAGUACAAUAACUCCUGGCCCUUAUCAAGCAUCAAUUUCAACAGAAAGGCAUCUGACUGACGUUUCCGCCACCAAGUCCACUACGAUGGAA